ACACCCUUGUAAAGAUGGAACAGCAAGAGAAAGGGACUGGGCCCGAGGGGAACAACCUGUCCCCGCCAUCACCCAGGACUGAGCUGUGCCCCCCUGCACCUUUCCCAGCCUUGCCACCUUUCCCCCUGGGCACCCCAGAUCCAGCCCACCUGGGGCUCCCUGAGAGCUUGGCCUCUGUCACUGUCCCCAUCCGUCUGGACGCCCUCUCCUACCUCCUGCACAGCGCCCUGCUGGGGGCCUACACCCUUCAACAGUCCUUGCCCUCCUGCCCCUGCAACCCCCAGGCAUGCUGCACCCCCCAGGCAAGCUACACCCAGCCAGGCAUGGCCACAAGGCCACCCAGGGGACGCGGGGGCUGGGGCGUCCAGCGCAGGCCAGGCCGGGGCCAGCAGCGAUGGCAACCUGGAAGGGCUGAGAGGGGCUGGCCGCGGGGUUCUGGGGCUGGCCCCAAGACUCCACUGGCGAUGCCAACAUCACCACCAACUCUGCCUGGUCAGGAUGGGAAGAAGGAAGCCCGAGGUCAAGAGCCACCCCAGGACAUGCCGCCUGCUGCAGCAGAAGACUGGGAGGCAGAGUACUAGGACCCCGAAAGUCCAGCUCCCCAGACUCCUGAGAAGGGUCACCAGGAGGGUUUUCCUGGAGCCCAGGGUGACCUCAGCUAUGGCAGAAAUACCCCAAGAAACACCAUCCUCCCAUGUUUCUUCUCCCAAAACCACAGCCUCAGGAGUGGGUCUUGCGAGUCACCCCAUGAAAACUGGAGCUGACUUGGGAUCCCACACCAACAAAAGCCCUGAGCCUCAUAUCCACCCAAAGCCAUGCCUCUCCCCAUUCCCAGAACUACAGUGACAGCCCCAACCCCAUCCCCACCCGCCUCUGUAACCCCAGUCCCAUCCCCACUCUCAAUGCCAUAUCCCCAGCCCCACUCAUUCCCAUUUCCGUCCCCAUCUCCACCCUCAGUCUCAGCUCUGCACACUCUUUCUCGACUACCUCAGGCCAACCCAGUCCUCAUCCUUAACUGCCUCCUAAACUUGACCCCAAACCCAGCCCAUCUUUGAUCCCAGCCAACACCGUCCCAUCCUUCU